AUGGAGAUUAAACGCUACCGCGCUAAACAGCGAGAUUUGAAUUCUCUUCUUCGUCAUAUUGUGUUUUUCUCACUCAUUUCACUUGCAAGAGCGUCUAUUGUCGAUGACUCUUAUUCGUCGCACCAAGAUUUAUACGACACAAUUCUUAACACGCUUUUCCCAAUCACCUUUGUCGUGCUGUUAAAAGUCUCGGAAAAACGUGGUGGAGGAGAUAAUGAUGCUCGAAGUGAUAAGGAUGUUCGAAGUGACAAUGAUGCUCAAAGUUUUUCGACAAAAAAUAUUCUGUUGCCACUACUGGACGAUGUAUUGUACAAUACAGUUACUUGGAUCAUUCCAUUAACGGUGUCAUUUGCCUAUAACGAUUCGCUGGCUGUAAAAAUAUUUUCAAUUGUAAACAUGUGUUUACAUGUUAUUUGUGCAAUGGCUGCAUUAAUCGAAUGGCGGAAAAUUGGUGAUGUCGAUUAUGAUGUUUAUGAUGAUAUAUGGACUGGCAUAGGACUUUUUUUGGCGUUUUCCCCCGUUUUAGUAAUUCCAAUAUUCUGGAUUACUUACUUG